AUGGUGAACAACUCUGCUUGGCUGUCACUGCUGAUAUUAUGGAAUGUGCCGAGGGAAACAGAAAGUUCAAAGCCACCACACAGUUCUAAGUAUGCUUCCUAUGAGGUGACCAUCCCAAGGAAAGUGAUGCCAAGAUAUGGACAUCAAGAGACCCUAGAGGUCACCUAUCAUUUGCAGAUUGAGGGGAAAGGCCGUAUGGUGCACCUCUGGCAGAAGAAGAGUUUUAUUCCUAAAAACUUUCCAGUUUUCACAUACUCUAAGCAAGGAGAACUCCAGGUGGACUAUCCAUUUAUCAGCACUGACUGUUUCUACCAGGGCUAUGUAGAGGGAGAGCCUUCUUCUUUGGUCACCCUCAGCACUUGCUCAGGAGGAUUUAGGGGUUUGUUUCAAUUAGAAAAUAACACCUAUGAGAUUGAACCUGUCCAGGCAUCUCCUAACUUUCAACAUGUAGUGUACCUAUUGGAAGAAAAGGAGAUUGAUGCCAAUAUGAAGUGUGGACUAACAGAGGAAGAACAAAGUCGUCAAGAGGCCAUGUUACAGGAUGCAGAAAAUCUAGCCAACAAAACUGUUUCUGGAAGAGGCUGGUGGUUGGACACUAGGUAUGUGGAGAUUGCAAUUGUGGUGGGACAUAAUCGAUAUGUAGAUUUUGACAAAAAUGAAACUCAUAUUCUUCUACUAUUUAUGGAUCUUGUCCAUUCAGUAAGUUCAAGGUAUGAUCCACUUUCUGUUCAGUUAACUUUAGUUGGACUGGAGAUGUGGUCAGAGAAUAACAUAAUAACAAUUAGUGAAAGUAUAUACAGUACACUUGAUACGUUCACUAAAUGGAGAAGUGCAUCACUACUUAAACGUCUAGAGAAUGAUGUUGGCUAUUUAUUUUUAUCUAAACCUUUUUUAGGAGUAGGUGGGUUAGCCUACCUAGGAACAGCUUGUAGCAAUGAGAAGGGAUCUGGUCUUGUAUCAAUUUAUACCUAUAGUUUUUCUGAAUAUUCUAUGGUGUUUGCCCAUGAAUUAGGGCACAAUCUUGGCAUGAAACAUGAUGACAGCAACUGUAAUUGUGGUAAACAAGUUUGUAUUAUGAGUGAAGCUCUCACAAAUGGUUACAAGUUUAGCAACUGCAGUCGGAAUGAUUAUUUUAAGCGGAUGAACUCAAAAUGCCUGCUACUUCCCCCAGAUGUUGAUAAAGUUAUCAGAAUAAAGUACUGUGGAGACAAUAUAGUGGAAAACGAAGAAGAGUGUGACUGUGGUUCAAUAGCUCAGUGCCAGUUGGAUCCAUGUUGUCAGUCUGGUUGUAAAAUGAGACCAGGAGCCAUUUGUGCUUUUGGAAAAUGCUGUGUGAAUUGUAAAUUUAUUCCUGCUCAGGUUGUGUGCAGAAGAAACAUAAGUGUCUGUGAUCUUCCUGAGUAUUGCAAUGGGUCUUCACAGUUCUGUCCAGAAGAUGUUUAUGUACAAGACGGUGCCCCAUGCAAUGACAAAUUACACUGCUAUCAUGGGAAAUGUAUUACUAUAAAUGACCAAUGUAAAAUGAUGUUUGGAGCCAGAGCCAUAGCUGCUCCAGAAGGUUGCUACAAGAGGAUGAAUACUCGAGGUGAUCGUUUUGGCAACUGUGGCAUUAUAAAUGAAACAUACACAAAAUGUAGAGCUAAAAAUGUUUUGUGUGGCCGAAAGCAAUGUCAGAGAAUUUAUGACUUAGAGUUUUUGGGGGAUCACCAGACCGCAAUUCAAACAGUCGUUGACAAUAACGAAUGCUGGGGUACUGACUAUCACUUUGGAAUGGACUCAAGUGAUGUGGGAGCAGUGCAUGAUGGCACUCCAUGUGGCACUGGCAUGAUCUGUUUUGAUCAUAAAUGUGAGAAUGUAUCUCUCUUGAAUUAUGACUGUGACUUUGAAAAGUGCAAUCAGCAUGGAAUAUGCAACAGCAAUAAAAAUUGCCACUGUGACUAUGGCUGGGCCCCCCCCGACUGUAUAGAGAAAGGGUUUGGUGGGAGCAUUGACAGUGGUCCUCCUCCACGACAGAAGCGUAGGCUUAUUUUGUCUAAGGAAGAAAAAUUAUUUAGCUAUAUAUUUCUCCCUCUUGUUGCAAUUUUUUUUUGUAUUAUUAUUGUUUUUAGAAAUGAGUUGAUAUACCAGUAUACAAAACUGAAGAAAAGAAUACAGUCAGCCAGGAAAAAAGACAAUGAAAUGAUGAAGAGGAGCUCAGAUAUGAGAGCUGUACGGUUGCGAAUGAUGCAAAAUGCAUAA